AUGGGUUUACAACGGACAGGCCAGAAAAUCCAGCGAGAUGUGGGGAUUAUAGCGGCUACGGGCCGGCAAGAAACUGCUCGUUGUGCGUUCCGCAUAGACGGUCAUGCAAGCGGUUACGAAGGAACCGGCGUCUUAAAGUGUUCGGCGUACUUCAAACUUGAACUUGAAACUGCGCCAGGUAUCGUCUUCACUCAAGUGGUCGAGGCCUGGCUACAAUCGGGAGCUCUCUCGAAUCUGCAGUUCAUAAAUUUGGACACCUGUGAUUCAUUGAACGAAGCAUCACUCACUGAAAUGAUAGCUCGCCAUGGUCCACAACUACAGGGUCUCUGCCUCGGUGGACAGCACAAACUUCUCGAAUAUUUUUGGAUGAACAUGAUUCCACAGCUUAAAAACAUCAGGUGCAUUUUUCGUUAUUUAGAAAACUUGACACAUAUUGUGUGGGAAACGCUGUUUCUGCCCUUGAUUAGUUUCCUUGCACCCAUAUUCCAUGAGGUUCUGCGUAUCGUCUUGUGCGAUCGGUUACUGUUGGAAGCUUUGGUUUUCUUCACGAGUAGAUUUGACUCCUAG